AUGGGUCAAACACUUUCUGAACCGGUCACUUCAAAAAAUUCACAAAAAGUGGAGAAUCAGACGUAUUCAGUAGGUAGCAGUAGUAUGCAAGGAUGGCGUAUAAAUAUGGAAGAUGCACAUACACAUCUUUUAACACUACCAGAAGAUAAAAAUUGUGCUUUUUUUGCUGUUUAUGAUGGACAUGGAGGAGCUAAAGUUGCUCAGUAUUCAUGUAAAUAUCUACAUACUCGUAUUGCUAAUCAACCAGAUUUUAAACAAGGAAAUGUUGAAACAGCUAUUCGUAAAGGUUUUCUUGAUUUUGACAAAGAAAUGUCUUUAGAUGACGAAAUGCGUGAAGAUCUAGCUGGUACCACAGCAAUUUGUGUUAUUAUCAAAGAUCAAAAACUUUAUUGUGGUAACGUUGGAGAUAGUCGAUCAAUAGCAUCGGUUAAUGGUAAUGUAGAAAUACUCUCUGUUGAUCAUAAACCAAAUAAUGAUGAGGAAAGAAAACGUAUAACAGCUGCUGGUGGUUGGGUAGAAUUUAAUCGUGUUAACGGUAAUUUGGCAUUAUCUCGUGCACUUGGUGAUUUUAUAUUUAAACGUAAUACAGAUAAACGAGCUGAAGAACAAGUUGUUACUGCUGCACCGGAUGUAGUUGUUAAAACAAUAAAUGAAGAUUGGGAAUUCAUAUUAAUUGCUUGUGAUGGUAUUUGGGAUGUGCUUAGUAACGAAGAAGUAUUGAGAUUUGUUCGCGCUAGAAUUGCUCAACAAAUGCCACCCGAAACGAUUUGUGAAGAAUUAAUGACACGUUGUUUAGCACCGAAUUGUCAAAUGGGCGGUCUAGGUUGUGAUAAUAUGACAGUCGUAUUAAUUCUUUUACUUCAUGGACAACCUUAUUCUGUAUUAGCUACUAAAUGUUCAAAGAAUUCAGCGAAUGAUGCUGAUAAAUCAUCAUCAGUGACGUCAUCAUCACCACCUGAAAAAUAA